AUGGCCUGCCUCCACGAGACCCGCACACCUUCUCCAUCCUUUGGCAGUUUCAACACCAUCUUGACGGAGAGCUCCCUCCGCAAGCUGGACCACGACGCCUCGGACUGCACCCCUGAGAAGGACCUGACGCCCACCCAGUGUGUGCUGAGGGAUGUGCUGCCCAUCGACGGGGGUGGAGGCGGGGGCAGCGGGCACAGCCCCAGCCCCAGCGAGGAGGCACACGACCAGUUUGCCAACAGCGUCCUGCAGCUCCACGAGAACGAGGCUGGUGGGGGAGGCGGGGCUGGCGCAGGGGCCUGCCCCGGGAACCCCGAGGUGCGGCCUACCCGUUACCACGCCGACCAAGUACGGAUCCACUGCCACACAGGGAGCGGCUUCCUGGAAGGCCUGUUUGGUUGCCUCAAGCCUGUCUGGACCAUGAUUGGCAAGGCGUAUUCCACUGAACACAAACAGCAACAGGAAGGUGAGGAGACAGUGGGGGGCAUUAAAGAAAUCUUAGUGCGAUAGGAACAACAACGGAAGGGGGCAGAGUACGUCCUUUGUGUGCAAAAAAGUCCUGGAUUUGAUCACCUAUUUUUUAAUUAUUAUUUAAACAUAUUACCGUAUUUUUUGCUCUAUAGGACGCACCCGACCUUAGGACACACCUUGUUUUAGAGGGGGAGAACAAGAAAAAAAAAAUCUCCCCCUCUCUGAGCAGUGCCCCUUCAGCAAAGCACCAUUUCUCCUGCCACUUUGCUGAAGGGGCGCUGCGCAGAGAAGGGGAGAAUUUUUUUUCUUGUUCUCCCCCUCUAAAACAAGGUGCGUUCAGUGAAGGCAACCCGAAGUCUCCAGAGCACGGCGGGAGUUCCCACUGCGCUCCGGAGGCUUCGGGUUCCUUUCGACCUGCUCUUUGGGGCUGGUGGGGGGAAGCCCGGAUUUCCCCCACCGCCAGCCCCAAAGAGCAGGUCAGGGAGCAGCGGAAAGGCUGCGAGCUCGUCGGGCUGGCGGGGGAAGCCCGGGUCGUCCCCCCCAGCCCCAGGGAUCACACAUUAGCUCCAUAAGAUGCACAGACAUUUCCCCUUAGAUUUUAAGAGGAAAAAAGUGCGUCUUAUGGAGCGAAAAAUACAAUACUUUUUAUUUUCUUACACCAGGGGUCUCCAAGCUUUCCUUGCCUCAGGCCAGUGUCUCCAGCAAUGAUUACGCGGCGGGCCGGAGGACGGGGAAGCGUGCCCGCAUACGCUAUUUCCAGUGCACAUCUGGGUUGGAGGAGCCCUGUGCGCAUGUGCACAAGAUAUUUCCGGUGCUCCUCUGACCCGGAAGUGGGUCCCCGAGCUGCACUGCGCCGCGCCACUAAGAGUGGGUGGUAGGUGUUGCUGCGGGCCAGAUAAGCAAGUCCCUCAGGCCUUAUCCGGCCUCCGGACCAUAGGUUGGUGACCCCUGGCAUACACAAUUCAAAGUGACUUACAGCAAUAAGCAAUAAAUAAGCAGUGAGUAAGCGGUGGCGCUGUGGGUUAAACCACAGAGCCUAGGACUUGCCGAUCAGAAAGUUGGCGGUUCAAAUCCCCGCGACGGGGUGAGCUCUCGUUGCUCGGUCCCUGCUCCUGCCCACCUAGCAGUUUGAAAGCACAUCAAAAAUAGGCACCGCCCUGGCGGGAAGGUAAAUGGCGUUUCCGUGCGCUGCUCUGGUUCGCCAGAAGCGGCUUAGUCAUGCUGGCCACAUGACCCGGAAGCUGUACGCCGGCUCCCUCGGCGAAUAAAGCGAGAUGAACACCGCAACCCCAGAGUCGGCCACGACUGGACCUAAUGGUCAGGGGUCCCUUUACCAUUACCUUUAAGCCACUUUCCAGCAUCCCAGGUUUGUUCAACCAUGCAGUUGUUAAGCUAAUAGCUCCUCCAGAUGACCUGUUUAUCGAGCAUUCAUCCUGAUUUGCUUGCACAAAGUUUACAUGGUGGUUAGAUUAAAUCUGGUCUUUAUUGCACAUUCGUUCCAAUUUGUUUGUGGGGUGGUUAAUGCAACAAUGAGCAUUCAUCCUGAUUUUCUUGUGGGGUGUUUGCAAAUUUUCCUGUUAGUUCAUCCCACACUUUUCUGUACAUUCCUUCUCAAUUGCAAAAAGUAUGGGAUUUUUUUGGUUUGAUUUUGAAAAAGCAGAUUUGUAGCUCCAGAGUGACAUGACUGUUUAAGAAUGCACUUUAAAGGUGGGAACCUAAAGUUUGGCGGGUGCUUGAAUUCGUCCCACAAAUUACCGGCAAUCUGAAAGUGCCCUAAAUCAGAUGUGGUGGCAUCAGGGAUGUUAUGUACCACUUUGGCCAGAGGCCAUUCGUCUGCCCUGUGAUCUUUCUGGCACAUUACUGCCCAGACAAACACGGCAACGCCAACCUCAGGUGGCAUCUGUGCCCAGGGGUGGCUCCGGCCAGCUUCACUGGUUAUAUAACUUGAGAUGCAAAGUGCAUCCUUGGGAGAAUCAGUCUCCAUCCUGGGUACAUUCAGUGGUCAGGGAUUGCUGCAAUGCGCUCUACCUGGGAUUGCCUUAGAGACGGUGGCUGAUCCUGAACGCAGCCAUUAGACUCUUAAUGUUUUCUAGCCAAAGGGGUCGCAUUGCAUACUUCUCUCCUGAAAAGAUCUGCACUAUUUGCCAGUUUGCUUCUGGGCCCAAGUCAAAGUGCUGUUUUCGACCACCGAAGCCUUCAGUUAAAUAACUGUUUAUUUAAUGUGAGCUGCUCCAGUUAACCUGCAGAUACAAAGAACUGCAGGGAGAAGGAACAUCCUCUAGCAGUGUACCUAACUAUUGUAAUAUAGAUUGGGUAUGCGCACCUGCCAAGAUGGGUUUUGUUACAAAUCCCGCGGGGAGAUUUUUCCGUCCCAGACGGUAAUUGUGGUAGGUGUUGCAUACUUGAAUUCAUUCUCAAUACUCCAGGCUUGUUAAGCAGGGCAGCUUAACCCUUUCCUUACAGUGAGGUGCGUUGAUUGCUUACCAUGCAAAUAGAUGUUAGGUGAGGAACAGGAUUGGAUGAAUGGCUGCUGAUGUCACUCAUUGGGAUUAACGCGCCUCCAUAAAUAGGAAGCUGCCUUAUUCUGAGUCAGGCCAUUGGUCAAUCUAGAUCAGGCCUACAAUGACUGGCAGAUGCUCACUAGUUUUUCAGACUGGGUUCUCUCUCAACCCUACCUGAAGAUGCUGGGGUUUAAACCUGGGACCAGUAGAUCAGAUGAUCUACUGCUGAGCUACAGCCCUACAUCCUGGAAAAGUUCUGCCAUGCAGCUUAUAGACAGAAGAGACGUAUGGGGGUCCCCUUACAGAAUUACCUUUCCUUGCCUCUCAGUUUUCUGAUGAUGCCUAUUCCCAUUGGCUCCCCCUGCUCUAGUCUGCCAGUUGUGGCCUCCCCUGGCCUUGCAGCUUUGUGAGCUGGCAGCCCUAAGGACUAAAAAGUAGGGUGGGUGUUGGGCAUUUCACCUGUUGAUGACCUCACACCAUCCAAGCGAAUGUGGACCAUCCUUUUAUUACGAUGCUGGCGUGUGUGUUCAUACACAAGGGGUCAUCAGCCCAUUUUCUCUCACCUGUGGUCUUCUGAAACAAAUAGGACAGGUAUUUCCAACUGUUACAGCUGAAUGCCUCUUACAUACAGUGGUACCUUGGUACUCAAACGGCUUGGCUCCUGAACAAAUCGGCUCCCGAACACCACAAACCCGGAAGUAAGUGUUCUGGUUUGCGAACGUUUUUCGGAAGCCGAAUUUCCGACACGGCUUCCGCUUGACUGCAGGAAGCUCCUGCAGCCAGUCGGAAGCUGCAACUUGGUUUUCGAAUGGUUUCAGGAGUUGAACAGACUCCUGGAACGGAUUAAGUUUGAGAACAAAGGUACCACUGUACUUCCUCCUCCUUUGAAAACACAUGGAUGGGUCAGGACAAUUUUCAGGCUCAAAAUGUAGACUCAAGUCCCACGUUUCCUUCCCUCUGGUCCUUUUUCUUAUGCUCCCCCAACUACACUGGAACUACCUUUCUGUGACCAGUUCAUGCAUGGCUGGGAUUUGAAUGGCCCCAUGAUGUUGGCUGGGAGCAACUGCCUGGGGAGAAUCAAAGAGCUGUGAGGAGCAUUGGCCCAUGAGGCAAAGGGAGGUGACCACCUCAGGGGGCAGGAUCCACAGGGGCAGCAGAUCCCCAUGUAGAUAGUUAUUCCUGCUUUGUUCCUGAUGUAGGGAACUGUUCCUUGGCAGGGUGGAUGGGCACCAUUUUGUGGGUCGACACAGGUGCCAAAAUGUAUUGGACCGGGCAGCGCUCCAUCACAGGGACAUAGGAACCUGCUCUACAGAGUCAGGCUGUUGGUCCUUCUAGCUCAGAAUUGUCAACACUGACUGGCAAUAGCUCUCCGUGGUUUCAGGAAGGAGACAUUCCCAGCCCUACCUGGGGAUAUCAAGGAUUGAACCUGGGACCUUCUGCCCUUCUCCUCAGCCCUGGAAAUCCCUUCCACACACACACACACACAGAGAGAGAGAGAGAGAGAGAGAGAGAGAGAGAGAGAGAGAUUCUACAAUUUCCCUACACAUUGGCCUCACACUUUCAAGCUAUCUUCACUGCCAUGAGGGAUAGAAACUCGGUUUGAGUAUUUUUUUUAACCAAGAGCUGAGGUUCUCAGAAUACUGAAUGUUACGUCUCUUCCGUGUUUCCGUUUGCCCUUCUAAUACACGCUUGCUUUCGGGAUUCCUACAUGAGGGAUAUGUCUCCCUCAAGCCCUGUGGUCUUGGCGGAAGGAGUGAUCCAUGCUCGUAGAGAGUCUGCCUUCCUCCUCCUCCUCCUCCUCCUCCUCCUCCUCCUUCUUCUUCCCUUGAACGGUUGUCGACAGCCACCUUCUCUCCCUCCCAAAUGCAGACCCCUGGGAGGUGCCCUUCGAAGAGAUCAUGGACCUGCAGUGGGUGGGCAGUGGGGCCCAAGGCGCUGUAUUCCUGGGACGCUUCCAUGGGGAGGAGGUGGCCGUCAAGAAGGUGCGAGACCUCAAGGAGACAGACAUCAAGCACCUGCGGAAACUGAAGCACCCCAACAUCAUCACCUUCAAGUGAGUGUGGGGUCUGGGUGAUGGGGCGCCUUGUGGGGGGGUGACCUGCCGGCUUCCAGGAGGACAGUGCCCAAGUGUGGUGUGGACAUUGCCUUUUUCCAAGCAAUAGACCCUCCUCCUGCUGAGUUGUUCACCAGCUCACCUGUGCUGGGCACAAGCCAUCUUUCCCAUGAGAGCAUAUAGCUAACUGUGUGUGUGCUUGGUUCAGCCUUCUGCCACUUGGUGCCCACCAGAGAAUUUAUAUGAAGAGUGUUUAUGAAAGUGUUUGCUACUGCCCUGUCAUACAAUAUCAGAGCAUUACACAACAAUAUACAUUCAGGUAGGUAGCCGUGUUGGUCUGACGCAGUCGAAAUAUAUUAAAAAAUAAAACGUCCAGUAGCACCUUAGAGACCAACUAAGUUUGUUCUUGGUAUAAGCUUUCGUGUGCGUGCACUUCUGAAGAAGUGUGUAUCUGAAGAAGUGUGCAUGUACACAAAAGCUUAUACCAAGAACAAACUUAGUUGGUGUCUAACGUGCUACUGGACAAUUUUUCUAUUUUUUUAUAUACAACAAUAUACAGUAAAAGAAGAAAACCAUUAAAAGCAGGACAGAAUAUGUUAGGUCCUUUGAUUUCAGUAGGUCUGCUCUGAGUAAGACUUAGGUUUGUUGUUUUUGUUGUUGUUUUACUUAUACUUAUACCCCACUCAUCUGGCCAGGCCUCCCCGGCCACUCUGGGCAGCUCCCAACAGAAUAUUAAAAUAUUAAAAUAUUAAAAUAUUAAAAUAUUAAAAUAUUAAAAAUAUUAAAAAUAUUAAAACAGCAAACAUUAAAACUUCCCUAAACAGGGCUGCCUUCAGAUGUCUUCUAAAAGUGAGAUAGUUGUUUAUUUCCUUGACAUCUGAUGGGAGGGCGCCACCACCAAGAAGGCCCUCUGUCUGGUUCCCUGUAACCUCGGCUUCUCGCAGUGAGGGAACCGCCAGAAGGCCCUCAGCACUGGGUCUCAGUGUCCGGGCAGAACGAUGGGGGUGGAGACGCUCCGUCAGGUAUACUGGGCUGAGGUUGUUUAGGGCUUUAGGGCCACCCUUUGACUUCUGCAUGACAGGAAUAUCAUAGAAUUGUAGCUGGAAGGAACAGUAAGGGUGAUCUAGUCCAACCCAUGCAAUGCAGAAAUCACAGCUAAAUAAUCCCUGAUAGAUGGCCAUCCAAACUCUGCUUUAAAAUCUCCAAUGAAGGAGACUGUCUGCCAUAUGAAGGUAAAAAUUGCAUCUGUUGGCCUUUGACCACUCCUUCUUUUGCUUCUGGCCACACCCACCACUGGCCUGCGGCCCCCAAGAGGUUGCACACAAGGAGAAUACUCAUUGCAAAGUAUUGGAAGACACAAGAGCUUCCCACACUGGAGGAAUGGCAGAUGAAAGUGAUGGACUAUAUGGAACUGGCGGAAAUGACUGGUAGAAUCCGUGACCAGGGAGAAGAGUCGGUGGAGGAAGAUUGGAAGAAAUUGAAAGACUAUUUGCAGAAACAUUGCAAAAUUAAAGAAUGUUAGAGUGAUGUUGGAUUAAAAAUAAGUGGCUUCCAGCUGUUUAGGAUUUAAAAUUAUGGAUAGAUUAAGAUUAAGGAUUAGGAUUAAAAAAGUUUAAGGAAAUGGAAAUUUGGUUUUUAAAAGGUAACAUUUUAAUGUUAUAUUAUAUCAAGAGUUAAGAUUGGGAUUAAAAAAAGAGGGAAAGAAAUUGCUGGACAAACAAUUUGAACUGGAAUACAAAAGAGGGAGGUACGAGGAGGUCCAGAAAAUAAGUAAAUUUAAAAAUGGAGAUGAAAAGAUGAUACUGUUUUUAAUUGUUCUACUUUCUCUUUGGUCUUUUGUUUUCUUGUUUUUUUAUUUUUUCUUUUUCUUUUAGAUUAUAUAUUGUAUAUUUUGAAUUGUGUAUUUCUUUUUUAUGUUUUAUGUUUAAUCUUUUAUUGAAACUUUAAUAAAUAUCAUUUUUAAAAAAAGAAAGAGGUUGCACACAAGGAAAUACGGCCCUUGGACUUAGGGUUGUUGUUGUUGUUGUUGUUGCCCUAGUCCUGCGAUAAAGCUUACAGAAUUCUGUAUCCCUGCUGUGUGUUACGCUGAGCACUGCUUAACUGUGUGUUCCUGCUGGCCUCUAACAUGCCCUGUGCUUCUUCCUUCCUCUUAGGGGUGUUUGCACCCAGGCCCCCUGCUACUGCAUCAUCAUGGAGUUCUGUGCCCAGGGACAGCUGUAUGAAGUGCUGCGUGCUGGGCGCAAGGUCACCCCCUCGCUGCUGGUCGACUGGUCCAUGGGCAUUGCUGGCGGCAUGAAUUAUCUGCACCUGCAUAAGAUCAUCCACCGUGACCUCAAGUCACCCAAGUAAGAAGGGGAGGGGGCAGACUUACAGUGGGGAGACGUGGCUGGGAGUUACCGGGGGACAGUGAGCACCAGGGCUGGGGGAUAUCUGGUUUUACGGAAACACCGCUAAGACUGUGUUCAUGGAAGACCAUCUUACUCGGCCACGAGUGAUCGCCAAGAAAGAGAGAGAGGGAGAGAGGUUUUCGGCAUUGCAAUACGUCACCAACUAAACAUUGCAAUAUACCGAUACUCAGGUUACAUACACUUCAGGUUACAGACUCCACUAACCCAGAAAUAGUACCUCAGGUUAAGAACUUUGUUUCAGGAUGAGAACAGAAAUCUUGCUCUGGCGGUGCGGCGGCAGCGGGAGGCCCUAUUAGCUAAAGUGGUGCUUCAGGUUAAGAACAGUUUCAGGUUAAGAACGGACCUCCGGAACGAAUUAAGUACUUAACCCGAGGCACCACUGUAUAUCACAAUGUAUGAAAUAAGGAUGAAACUAUGUAAAAGUGAACAGGAGGGCUGGGCAAGAUCUGGUUUUUAACAUCGUGCUAAACAUCGUGAUAUAUUGAUACAUCACAAUGUCUGAAAUAAGGGGAAGGACAGUCUAACUGAGCUAUGCACAUAGGUAGAGCCAUUGGCUGGCUUCAUAGUUUUUCCCACAUCGUGAUUUUUGCAUAGCAUGCACAAGCACAUCGUAAUAUGUGAUAUAUCGCCAGGUCAAAACCUCUGCAAGCAAUAUCACGACACGGACUUCAAAUCAGUUUUGGUUGAUAUAGCAAUAUAUCGCCCAGCCCUAGUGAUCACAAGAUGGGAUUAGGGUACCAGGUCAGAAUCAGCACUGCUUUUAAAGUGGCAAUAGGACUAGGACUUUCAACAUGUCAUGGUUGCCAGGGGAAGUAUGUAUUCUGCCUCCCUGCCAAAUUACCAGCAAGGUAAUCCAGAUUCUUUGUCUAGACUCUAGAGCAUAGAACCAUUGAAUUGUAGAGUUGGAAGGGACCCGGGGGUCAUCUAGUCCAGCCCCAUGUGGAGGAGCAGUCUAGAACCAGAAUGCUUCUCCCUUCAUUAGAAAGGAAGUUAUCCUCUUGCUGUGCUCCCCCUGCUGACUGCUGAGAGCAUGACUUCUCUUUCUUAUUUUCCUUGGUCAUGUGCACGGUGGGAAGAUCAACACUGCAGGGCCUCAUGCUUCUUCUCUGCUCUCCCUUCCCCACCCACCCAAUAGCAUGUUGAUCACUUACGAUGAUGUGGUGAAGAUCUCUGACUUUGGCACCUCCAAAGAGCUCAGCGACAAGAGCACCAAGAUGUCCUUCGCCGGAACGGUGGCCUGGAUGGCUCCAGAAGUCAUUCGGAACGAGCCUGUCUCUGAGAAGGUUGACAUCUGGUGAGGAGACGGGCCUGCUCAGAAGAGGGGAGGUGUGGGAAGAGGGAGGGAUCAGGGCUUGGUAGGCCACAAGAACGCAAACACACACACACACAGAAAUGUGAAGGCAGCCAUCAUGGAAAUGGAGACUUUCUCAGCAGUCCCCAGCCCUUUGCAACAGGACCAGGAGAGAACCAGGUUCAAAUCCUCCCUCAUCCAUCAAGCUCGUUGGUGACCUUGGGCCACUCACUACCUCUCAGCCUAACCUACCUCACAGGCUUGUUGUGAAGAUAUAAACAUGGACGGGGUUGGGGGAGCCAUGUUCUCUGGCUUGAGCUCAUUGGGUAUGAAUGCAAUUUAACUGAAUCAUCGUGAGGCGAUUAAAAUCCAACGCAAAGAAUAAAAUACAAGGAAGGGAGAUGGGGACUGCUUCCAAGAGUGGAACAAGAGGAUUUAAAAAUUCAGGUCGCACCCCAAGUGCCAAUCUGAAGAGGAAAAUCUCCCAUCCCAGAGGGUAGCCACCAUGACAGGGGCGGAGCCAGAACAAGGGUAGAGACCCAGAGGCUCUCCAGACUCCUGCCCAUCUUUGAAUGUUGGCCAUUCUGGCUUGGGCUGCUGGGACCUGAAGUCCAGCAAUAACUGGAGGAUUCCAGCUUCCACAUCCAUGUUCUGGAACAGGUCCCCAUCAACCAAAAGUCCAGAUAAUAUGUGAUACAGAGCUGAGCCUUCAAAUCUGUGUGCAUCGUGCAUAUGUGUUCGUGUUCCAUAUGGGAAAAGACACCCUUGAAUUUUCAUAUUCUAACAUCCUCCUUCACAAAUAUACAGUACACAUCUAUAUUGCACAUAGUCCAGAAAUUGGCAAUCUGUGCUGAACACUUCCUUCUCCCCACGGCUGCCAUAUUUAGAUGGCAUCUGUGCAGGCAGGAAUUGUCUUUAUGUUAUUUUGCUAUAGCAACUAAUAAACAUAGGCAUUUAAAAAGAAAAAGAACCCAAACAUUUAUUGAUUGACAUUUAUAUAACCAAUUUUUCUGCUAGGCAGAAAAACCAGGCAGUUAAAAACAACAACAACAACAACGGCCUGCAAUUUAACAGACGAGAUACAGAAUGGGAAUGCAAGUGGGGAAAUCAGUAGAGUUGACUACUGCCUGAGGCAUUUUUUUUGAGGGGAGGGGAGCUGAAUGGCAGGCCGACCUGACCAGCAUGGCUGAUGGAAGGGGUCUUGCUGUCUGGCCUCUCCCUCUGAAGCAGCCAGGGGGCAUAACAACUGCUUGGGGGGAGGGGAAUAAUGUACCUGGUUUGGUGAAAAUACCACACCUCGCCCUUUUCAGGGGACAUUGGAAGAAAAAGUCACCACAUGAUAUCAUGGGGAAAUAGCAUUCCUCAGUUAAUUUACAUUUUAACUUGUCUAUUUAUUUGGGUAACUUAUUGCAGAAGAGCAGAAUUAAAAUGCUAGAUGAUUCUACCACACAAAAUUAGACUGGAAGAAGAGGGAGGAAUGCAGAGGAAGCUGUGAGGGUUUUCUACGUUCUCUAUCCUGGGAUGGCCAACAGGUAGACCCCUCCCACCCACCCCAAAAAAGCUCAACAACUUUGUUGUCGUUUAGUCGUGUCCGACUCUUCGUGACCCCAUGGACCAGAACACGCCAGGCACUCCUGUCUUCCACUGCCUCCUGCAGUUUGGUCAAACUCAUGCUGGUAGCUUCACGAACACUAUCCAACCAUCUCGUCCUCUGUCCCCUUCUCCUGGUGUCCUCCAUCUUUCCUAACAUCAGGGGCUUUUCCAGGGAAUCUUCUCUUCUCGUGAGGUGGCCAAGGUAUUGGAGCCUCAGCUUCAGGAUCGGGCCUUCCAGUGAGCACUCAGGGCUGAUUUCCUUCAGAAUGGAGAGGUUUGAUCUUCUUGCAGUCCAUGGGACUCUCAAGAGUCUCCUCCAGCACCAUAAUUCAAAAGCAUCCAUUCUUCGGCAAUCAGCCUUCUUUAUGGUCCAGCUCUCACUUCCAUACACCACUACUGGGAAAAACAUAGCUUUGACUAUACGGACCUUUGUUGGCAAGGUGAUGUCUCUGCUUUUUAGGAUGCUGUCUAGGUUUGUCAUUGCUUUUCUUUCUAAAGAAGCUCAACAACUUUGGUCAAUCCAGUGAGUAGAUCACCGCCAGUUUUUUUAUAGUGGGAGUAGAUCACCGUCUCUUGGAAGUUGGACAAGAAAUGAAAGAGAUGGGAAACUGCUGCAGAGUUUUGUGAAAACGGUAGCAGAAUGCAGUCAGUUGCUACAUGCCAGAUGGGCCCUGAGAUUUAAUUUCCCCACCACAGGUCCUUUGGAGUCGUCCUCUGGGAGUUGCUGACGGGAGAGAUCCCUUACAAGGAUGUGGACUCCUCUGCCAUCAUCUGGGGGGUGGGCAGCAACAGCCUCCACCUUCCUGUUCCCACCAGCUGCCCUGACGGUUUCAAGAUCCUGCUGAGACAGUGCUGGUAAGUCCAUGAGAUGUAAAAAAAAGAGAGGAAAAAAGCCCAAACACCUCUCUCUGCAUCAGGAGUGAGAACCUGGAACCUAGAUGUGUGACUCUCCCCACCCAAAUCACUGAAUAUUAUACAUAGCUAAUUCAUUUUUGGAGACACAUUGGCAGGCCAACGAAAGGCACUUGUGUGCCGUUGUGCUCUGUGGUAUGCUGUUUGUGCAGGAUCGUGCUUGAACACUGAGGUCCAGCUCCGAGGGCCUCCUGGCAGUUCCCUCCCAGCGAGAAGUGAGGUUACAGGGAACCAGGCCUUCUCGGUGGUGGCGCCUGCCCUGUGGAACGCCCUCCCAUCAGAUGUCAAGGAAAUAAACAACCACCCGACUUUUAGAAGACAUCUGAAGGCAGCCCUGUUUACGGCAGUUUUUAACGUUUGAUGUUUUAUCAUGUUUUUAAUAUUCUGUUUGGGAGCUACCCAGAGUGGCUGGGGAAACCCAGCCAGAUGGGUGGGGUAUAAAUAAUAAUUUUUUUAUUAUCACGUGUUGUGUUGUCAAAUGUUUGCCAGUGUGUCAUGUGGAAACAUUUCUGUCCCACUGCCAGAACUGUGUGGCACACACUUCACACAAGAAGAACAACAUCUGGCCAUAGGGAGGAUUGGGGGAGAAUCUUCCUCCGUAUUUAUUUACCUCAAAUAUGCAGCGAUCAGAAUAUAACUGGAGGCAUUUUAUUUUACUUUUAAAGAUGUACCUAUUACCCUGUGCUGCACAAAAUUCCCUGAUGGGAACCCAGAAAUGAGCAUGCAAUAGCCGCAGCAAAAUGUGGGGCAAAUGACCUUCUUCAGGCAAAGCAGAUGGCCUACUGAGCGGUAGUUCUGCUGACCGAUGCCUUCCAUCGACGGAGGGGCACCAAUUGCCCUCAAAUACAACCAAGUGCUCAGGGAGAGAGGCCUGGGCAGAGGAUUACCAUUAGCUCAUGUCCACACCAGCUCCAUCCGUCUGUUUCUCUCCAUCCAGGAACAGCAAACCUCGGAACCGGCCCUCCUUCCGCCAGAUCCUGCUCCACCUUGACAUCGCGUCCGCCGAUGUGCUGUCUACACCGCAAGAGACCUACUUCAAAUCCCAGGUGGGUGUUGUUGGGCCAGUGCCUUUCUUCCAGACCCCCAUUGGGGGUCACACUCACUUCCUCUCCAUUUUCCUCAUGGAGGUUAAUACAGAGCUUUCCUCUCUCUUUCUCACCAGCCUAUGUGUUGUUUUAUUUAUUUGCUAUAGUUAUGCCUCUGUAGAUUCAUGACGGUGUACAGGGUUCUCCCCUCCAUCUUAUCCUUGCCUUGUGAGAGAUCAGUUAGGUGUAGGUUUGGGUGACUGGCCCAAGGUCACUCGCUGAACUUCGUGGCUGGAUUGGGUUUGACGCCAGGUCCUCGUCUGACACUCUUAGCCAGGGAAGGGGAACCUCGGCCCCGUCGGCCAAAUGAGGACUCUCUGUCUGGCGCUGGAACUCUCUCCAGGCCACAGUCCUUAUUGGCCCUGCAUCACCCUCUCCUUGAGUGUGUUUACUUGGCUGGAACAAGUCCUUGAAUGCCUCUUUGCUUGCCUGAACAAGGGAUAGAGAGAGGUGCAUGUAGAAACUAGCCUACUGGACCAAGGGAAAAUUGAUCUUAGCAUGCAUGUUGUUGUUGUUUAUUCAUUUAUUUAUUUAUUAAAUGUCUAUAUCACCUUUCAUCCUGCAUUACACCGUUCUUGUGGGCAUAUCUGUCUGACUCGAGAGGCAAUGGAGUGUGUCAAACUUCUGCAUCAGUAGCGCCAGAGUUACCUCUUGGGGCACAAGCCUGGGCAAUAUGUGUGGAGGUCUUGGGAUGCCCAGAUGAAAAGACCCACCCCCCUCACAGCCUCACUGAUGUGGUUCAAGCAGAGCAAGACUUUUAGCCAUCCAGUUAAGGAGAGUCCACAACCUCUAGAGCAGUGGUCCCCAUAUGUUCUUGGACUACAACUCCCAUCAUCCCUGAGCUCUGGCCUUGCUAGCUAGGGGUGAUGGGAGUUGUAGUUCAACAACAUCUGGGGACCCACAGGUUGAGAAAGGCUGCUCUAGAGGGAGACCGUUCCACUGUCGAACAGCUCUUACUGUCAGAAAGUUCUUCCCGAUGUUUAGUCGGAAUCUCCUCUCUUGUAACUUGAAGCCAUUAUCAUAGAAUCAUAGAGUUGGAAGAGACCACAAGGGCCAUCGAGUCCAACCCCCUGCCAAGUUAGUUUGAGUCCUACCCUCCAGAGCAGGAGAAAACAAGCUUGCUGCAUCUUCCAUGGGACAGCCCUUGAGAUAUUUGAAGAUCAUAUGUUAAGGUUGCAUAGAGUAGACCUGGUGAGGCACUAUUAUCGUCUUUUGGUUUCAGUACACCAGGCAGCAAGACCAUCAAACAAUACAUUCUAGGACUGUCCAUUGACAUAGCACCAACACAAAUGCAUUGCAGCUCUCCUCACCAAUGCGUCUGAAACCAGUGGCAUGCGGGGGGGGCAUCGGGGGGUCGCAUGCAUGUUCCUAUCUUCUGCCCAUGGACACAGUACAAUGUUUCCUUGUUCAGGCAUUUGAACUCUGCCAGAAGACCAAAGCCGUGUUCCUUCUUGUUUUCCAUUAGUUUCAGCUGUGUAUGUUCAGAAUCCAGGAGAGAAGCUUAUCAAUGUCUCCUCUUCUUUGCCCCGCAGGCUGAAUGGAGGGAGGAAGUGAAGCUGCAUUUUGAAAAGAUCAAGUCAGAGGGGACAUGUCUGCACCGCUUGGAGGAGGAGCUGAUCCACCGGCGACGAGAAGAACUCAGGUAAGGUGAUAGAUAUAGGAGAAGGAAUGAUACGGUUGAAAAGGUUCCUUCCUUGUAGUCAGGAGCUUGGUGGCAGCAGCAGCGGUGGUAUCUGUCUGUCUCAAGAGACAAUGGAGUGUGCCUGGGCCUCACUGAUGUGGUCCAAAGGAAAACAGAGCAAAACAUUGGGCACCAGCUAGGCUGCAGGAGUUGCUAGAAGAAGGCGUACAAGGCGCCAUUCAACUGCCUUAGGGCUCCACUCCAGAUUUUUGUAGGGUUUUCGUCUUAGCCUUUUCUUCUCCUGCAAAGCAGUGGAGGUUUAGGAUCAGAGUUUUCCUUCUCCUAGAUGAGCCACCUUCCCAGGCUGACCAGCCCCAACUGCCUGUUAGGAGCAGGUGCUUAUAAAUAGUGUGGCGCAUAUUCUAUGUUGUUGCAGAUAUUAAAUAUUGAGCAGUUUGAAGCGACUGGAAGCAUACGAACUGACUCCUUUGGAUAUGAAACAUCGCCCAAGCAAUUCACACUUUUACUGGCAGGACUUCAAAACAGAAUUAAAACAUCAAAAAUAUCCAUACAGUAUCUUAUGCUGCCCAGCACAGGCUUGGCAUCUUACAAAAUAUGGAAUAAUCCAAACUGACCUAUAAACAAAUCUCUCUCUCUCUCCAGCCUGCUUUCCAGCCUCCAGUCUGUUUGCUCUCCCUUCAGGAGACCCAUUUACUUGCAUUGUUUUCCCUGUAGCGUUCAGAGAGACAACCCACUUUGCAUCUUCAUUCCACUGAGUUUGGGAGGCAAAGACUGAAAGCUGCUCCCUCCUCACAUGAUCCCAGGUUACAACCCUCACAUGUUAGCUACCAGAGAACAGUUCAUCAUUACCUCUGCAAGAGCUCAGAGUCCUUUAGAAAAACUCUUGUGGAAAACCCCCUGUUUUAGCAACACACAUUUAUCCAUUUUCCAUUUUAAACCUUCCUUAAUACAUACACAGGGACGCGGGUGGCGCUGUGGGUUAAACCACAGAGCCUAGGACUUGCCGAUCAGAAGGUCGGCGGUUCGAAUCCCAACGACGGGGUGAGCUCCCGUUGCUCAGUCCCUGCUCCUGCCAACCUAGCAGUUCGAAAGCACAUCAAAAUGCAAGUAGAUAAAUAGGUACCACUCCGGCGGGAAGGUAAACGGUGUGUGCUGCUCUGGUUCGCCAGAAGCGGCUUAGUCAUGCUGGCCACAUGACCCGGAAGCUGUACGCCAGCUCCCUCGGCCAAUAAAGCGAGAUGAGUGCCGCAACCCCAGAGUCCUCUGUGACUGGACCUAAUGAUCAGGGUUCCCUUUACCUUUAAUACAUACAUAUUUUCCAUUUUUGCAUGAGCAUGAAUUAAACUAUUAUUCUUAACAGGUAUAUUCACUCCCGCAGCAGACAGCAUUAGUCAGACAGUCCCCCUCGCCAUUUGGGUCACUGCUGCCAAUUCUUUUUUUUCUUUUCCCCCCCAAAUAAUAUUUAUUAUUUUCAGUAGAUAAACAUAAUAAAAAAGAAGAGAUUAACAAUAAUAAAGACAAACAAAAAAUAGAAGAAAAAGAGGAAAAAAGAAAAAAGAUACAUACCACAUAUUACCACUUAAUUAAUUAAAAUUAAGUACCAUCCAUCUUCAUAAACAUAGUAUUUUACUUCCUCAAAUCUCUUCCAUCCGAAUUUCUUAGUAAUUAUAUGUAGCAGUUUCCAAUAUCAGUGUUUCAAAAGACCAUAUCACAGUCCUAAUCAUAUUACAUAGCUUUCCUUAUCGUACAUUUUCUUAUUUAUAAAUUUAAUUCCAUUUUAAUCCUAGGUCUAAUUGUUUCUUUCAAGUGGUUACAUAUCUUUAAUAUUACAAUGUUUAUUCAAAUAGUCUUUAAAUUUCUUCCAAUCUUCUUGGUGUUCCUCUUCUUUCUGGUCGCGGAUUCUCCACUGCUGCCAAUUCUGAAAAGCAGCCCAUCGGCAGCAGAGCUGGGACCCGGCUCCCAAGGCCUGUUCGUAUAGGAUGCCUGACAUCUGCUUUCCUCUCCCUCCCCAGGCAUGCUCUGGACAUCCGGGAGCAUUACGAGCGCAAGCUGGAGCGAGCCAACAACCUGUACAUGGAGCUCAACUCCCUCAUGCUACAGCUGGAGCUGAAGGAGAAGGAACUCCUCAGGUGAGAAGGCGGAAACUCAAAAACAGGGCAGGGAAACCUGGGGCCUGCUGGCUGCUGUUGGACUCCAACUCCCAUCAGCCCCAGCCAGCAGGUCCCAAUGGAUGAUGGGAGCUGCAGUCCCAGAAACAUCUGGUGGAUCCCACUGCAAGGGGUGCUAGACGUUGCAAAUGGUUUUUACCGGGCCAAUUUUUUGUCCAGGUAUCCCGACAGAGAUCUCUCUCCUAGUCCUAUUGGACACAAAGUCCAAAGUCCACUGAGCUGCAGCCGUUCCCUAAAGGAAAUGGGGAAGGAUCCUGAUGCCUCUGGCUGCUCCUGACCUCUAGGUGGCAAGCUUUUUCUGGUUGCUAUGCCAGAGAGCUGGACCAGGAAGGAUGGCAGCAUUAUCCAAUCUGUGGAUCUGAGAAGCAUGACGGGUUUUUCCCCCAUAAGCCCAAUGAUUCCCACAGCAUCAUUUGAGGCUAUACAGGAAGAGGGAUGAGGUGUGAGCCAGGGCGAACCCACUUGAGAAGGGCCAUAGCUCAAUGGCUAGGGCAUCUACCCUGCAUCCAGAUGUCCCAGGUUUGAUUCCUGGCAUUUCCAGGAAGAACCAGAAGAGACCCCCGUCUGGAACCCUGGAGAACCCCUACUAGUCAUUGUAGACAAUACUGAGACACAUGGACCAUUGGUCAGACUGGGUACAAGGUACAAGGCAGCUCGCUAUUUCCCUGUGUCCCAGGGAACCCUGUAACAAUAAUAAUUAUAAGUAUAAAAAUUUAUUAUUUAUACCCCACCCAUCUGGCUGGGUUUCCCCAGCCACUCUGGGCGGCUUCCAACAGGACACUAAAAUACAAUAAUCUAUUAAACAUUAAAAGCUUCCCUAAACAGGGCUGCCUUCAGAUGUCUUCUAAAAGUCAGGUAGUUGUUUAUUUCCUUGACAUCUGAUGGGAGGGCGUUCCACAGGGCGGGUGCCACUACCAAGAAGGCCCUCUGCCUGGUUCCCUGUAACUUCACUUCCCGCAGUGAGGGAACUGCUAGAAGGCCCUCAGCGCUGGACCUCAGUGUCCGGGUUGCACGAUGGGAGUGGAGACGCUCCUUCAGGUAUACUGGGCCGAGGCCAUUUAGGGCUUUAAAGGUCAGCACCAACACUUUGAAUUGUGCUUGGAAACGUACUGGGAGCCAAUGUAGGUCUUUUAAGACCGGUGUUAUAUGGUCUUGAUGGCCGCUCCCAGUCACCAGUCUAGCUGCCGCAUUCUGGAUUAGUUGUAGUUUCCAGGUCAGCUUCAAAGGUAGAGUGCAUUGCAGUAGUCCAAGCAGGAGAUAACCAGAGCAUGCACCACUCUGGCGAGACAGUUCACAGGCAGGUAGGGUCUCAGCCUGUGUACCAGAUGGAGCUGGUAGACAGCUGCCCUGGACACAGAGUUGACCAGCAUCUCUAUGGACAGCGGCGAGUCCAAAAUGACUCCCAGGCUGCACACCUGGUCCUUCAGGGACACAGUUACCCCAUUCAGGACCAAAGUGUCCUCCACACAUGCCCCAUCCCCCAGAAACAGUACUUCUGUCUUGUCAGGAUUCAGCCUCAGUAGACAAUUCUGAGAUACAUGGACAAUUGGUCAGGCAGCUUCCUAUUUUCCUGUGUCCCAGGGAACCCUGUAACAACCUCCCUGUAAACUUGGAUAACAUAUGUGUAUGCAUGUGUGUUUAGUUGGGGCGUUGUGGGUUGCUGUAGUUGAUGUAUUUUAAUUGCACAACCAUUUACAAUAAUUGUAGCUUGCCUUCCUGCCCCCCAAGGAUCUAUUCCACCCAGCGGUCAGGUGUCUGCGCAGUCCGUCCUCGUACGUUCUCAGUUUUUUCCAUCUCCAUCCAUAGGCGGGAGCAAGCCCUGGAGAAGAAGUACCCUGGGCUCUUUAAGCACCACCCUUCACGCAGCCUCCUGCAUGGCAACACCGUGGAAAAGCUGAUCAAGAAGAGGAACGUGCCUCAGAAACUCUCUCCGCACAGCAAGAGGUGAGGACUGGCCGGGAAAAGGCCUGCAAAGGAGAGAGCGAUUGAUGAAGGGUCUCUGACUCCUUCAGUGUUGUGUGGCAUGAUUUUGUGGGAGUGCAGAUGUACAGUACAGUUCACAGCUCCCUAAGAAUCUCAGCUUCCUUCCUUUUAUUUCUUUAAAACGAGCAAGCUUCUAGCCCUCAUCGUUACAUAGGUGCAUUUGAACCCAUGUAGGCAAUGCCUUGUCCAAUCUCAGAAGUCAGAGGAAUGGCUUAAUAAGCUUUGCUGUGGUUGUGGCUUCUGUUGUAUAGCUCCUGGCUUCCUCCACAUGCCCGUACAUUAUGCAUAGCAUUUUUAAAAUGAAGAAUAAAUUAGGCAUAUUUGCUUAGUUUGCAUAAUUUAUUCAGCUUGCAGAAUUCAGCUUUUCUGGGUACAGGAUUUCACUCUCCUGGGCACAGAAUUUGUCUCUUCAUCUACAUAUCUGUACACAUACAUAUGUUUGAAUAGGGUACACUUAAUGGUGUUUAAGGUUUUCCAACGCAACCUCCUAAAAUGCAGGGCCUCAAAAUAAGCCCUGAUGCAAAGGGCCUUUUUACAAUGUCAGAUGCAUGCAAUACACAGAUCUUGAAAUGUGACUGGCAUCUGGUGAAGAAUCUAGGAACCUGAAAGUCAUUGCUUUUUGUUGUUAGCCCUUAUGAUUUCCAAACAAGCACAGCAAUUUUUUGGUCAGUAUUUGGUGGAAUCUCCAAACUCAAAUGAAGGCAGGAAAUAAUUUCCAGUGACCAGGAAGCACGGCUUCAAUGCAUUAAGCUCAACACAUGGAACUGGUUAUUUUGCUACAACCUGAUAACUAUCGGCUUGGCAGGCUUUUUCUCUAGUGGCACCAUUGUUGUGGAAAUGUGAGAGGCCUCAUCAAUAUCGGCAUUCCGCCGGUUCUUGAAGACACACCUGUUUAGCAAGCAUUCCCCUGAUCUCCUGAUUUGAAGCUCCUGCUUUAAUUGUUCUUUUAACUGUUUUAACUAUUAUGCUGGUUCAUGGGCUUGUUUAUUAUAGAUCUUAAUUAUUAUUACUAUUAUUAUUAAUAAUAAUAAUAUUUUAUUUAUACCCCGCUCUCGCGGCCAGGGCCGGGCUCAGGGCUGCUAACACCAAAUAUAAAUUACAAUAAAAUGUAAUAGAAAACAACAACAAACAAACAAACAAACAGUUAAUUAAAAUACGACUUAAAAUACAGCUUAAAAUUGCAGAUGUUUUGAUGAAACUGUUUCACUAUGUAUUCUAAUUAGGAGUAGCUAUAUAUUUUUAUAAUCGGUUUUCUAUUUGUUCCUUUGUUGCUGGCUUUUAUUUGCUUGCAAAUGGUCUUCCUUCCCGAAAGGAAAGGUAGCAUAUAAAAUCAGUAAAAAUAAUUGGAGGAAUAUGACAUCAGUGACAGUAAAAGAGCAUGAAAAUCAAUAAAGCAAACCAGGAACAACAAAACAAGACCCAACAGGGGAUGCUGACAGCAUGGGGAACAAUUUUUCACCCCAAAGGCCUGAUUCCCUUCCAGGCAACUUUCUGGGGCCACAUGCCAUGGUUGGGCAUUAGAUUUAUAGAUCACCCUUCAGUUCGCAGAGUACAAAACAGGAUAAAAACAUAAAAAUAAGUAAAAGAAAACAGCAAAACAAUAACCGCCCCCCUUCCCACAGACACAUUUUAAAAGGUUGUAGGAUAAUAAUCAGCCAAAGGCCUGGUUGAAGAGGAAUGUUUUUGCCGGGCAUCUAAAUACAGUGGAACCUCGGUUUUUGAACAUAAUCUGUUCCGGGAGACCAUUGGACUUCCACAACGUUCGAAAACUGAAAGCGGAAGCCUCAAUAUAAUAGGGAAACUCAAAACGGAAGCCAUGUGGCCCAUUCAGCUUCCGAAAAUUGUUCAAAAACUGAAGCAGUUACUUCCAGGUUUUUGGCGUCAAAAGCCGAAACAUGCGGCAACAGAGAUGUUUGACGGCCGACGUUCCACUGUAUAUGCAAUGAAGGUGCCAGGCGAGCCACCCUGGGGAGAGCAUUCCACAAACUGGGAGCCACCACGGAAAAGGCCUCGCCACCCUCUGGACCUCACAUGGAGGAGGCACACAAUAAAGGGCCUCAGAUGUUGAUCUCAGGGUCCAGGUCAGUUUGUAUGGGGAGAGGUGGUCCUUGAGGUAAGUUAUUAUGCACACAGACACACACACCAUCCUCCAUUCAGGCAAGGCAGCAUUAUCAGAGUCCAAGGGAGAUGGAAAGAAGGGCCAGCAUGGGGUAUGGCCGGCAGAGAACCCUGAGGGUCAGACAGAGAGGGCUGGAGAAUUGGACUCCCAAAGCCAAGGUUCCCCAUUGCCGCUGUAAAAGGUCAAACUGAAACAACUGUGGUCCAACAGCUCCAUCUGGCACGCAGGCUAAGACCCUUCCUGCCCACAGACUGUCUCGCCAGAGUGGUGCAUGCUCUAGUUAUCUCCCACUUGGACUACUGCAAUGCGCUCUACGUGGGGCUACCCUUGAAGGUGAGCCGGAAACUGCAAUUAAUCCAGAAUGCGGCAGCUAGACUGGUGACUGGGAAUGGCUGCCGGGACCACAUAACACCGGUCCUGAGAGAUCUGCAUUGGCUCCCAGUACUUCCCUCAUUGCGAGAAGUGAGGUUACAGGGAACCAGACAGAGGGCCUUCUCGGUAGUGGCACCCGCCCUGUGGAACGCCCUCCCUUCAGAUGUGAAGGAAAUAAGCAGCUAUCUUCUUUUUAAAAGACAUCUGAAGGCAGCCCUGUUUAGGGAAGCUUUUAAUAUUUAAUGCUGUACUGUUUUUAACACUUGAUUGGAAGCUGCCCAGAGUGGUUGGGGAAACUCAGCCAGAUGGGUAUUGUAUAAAUAAUAAAUUAUUAUUAUUAUUAUUAUUAUUAUUAUUAUUAUGCCACAAUUGUUCUCUUCCACAGGCCUGACAUUCUGAAGACGGAGGUGAUCAUGGACCCCACCCUGCCCCAGCUCGCUAUCCCCGUGUGCCAGAAAGGGCCCCCGUCCCCCGGGCGCAGCCGGCGGGCAAAGUCGCGCUACCGCAAGGUCAGCACCAGAGGCAGCUGUGGGGAGCUGGCCGAUCCGGGGGGAGCCAAACGCCUAGAGCCCUGCGCGGCCCUCAGGGGGCUCCAGCACGACCUCCUGCUGCGCAAGAUGUCGUCUUCCAGCCCCGACCUCAUCUCCACCACCCUGGGAGCCGAAGGCCGCAAGGGGGCGGCCGGCCCCGAAUCCCCGCCAGCCGAGCAGCCCUGCAGUGAGACGCCCAGCGAAGACACGGCCUCCGUCCCCUGCUCCAGCAGCCCCGAGUCACCCUCUUCGCGACAAGGCGCCGUGGGGCCCCCAGGGAAGGCCAGGCUGCAGCCGGGAGAGGAAGCCGAGCGGGAGCAGGGCAGGGGCAGCCGAGCAGCGGCCGCACCGCAAUCCCAGCACCUCACGCCAGCGGCCAUGUUGUAUCGGGCAGCCGUCACCCGGAGUCAGGUAGGGCCGGGCAGGGGGCGCUCUUCCUUCCCUCCAUAGGAGCCAGUUCCUAGGGGCUGAGGUCUCUUUGCCCCCUCCCUCAAUAAAAUAUGUGAGGGGGCCAGGACCCUCCCAAAAUUGGUGGGCAUUUCCAUUCAAAUGGUGUGCAUGCAGCGCAUUUUGUGAUCAAUUCUGCAGGGUGGGGCUUACCCCCCCGCCCAAUAUUUAAGUUUGCACCCUUCCUUCCUUCCUUCCUUCCUUCCUUCCUGCCUUCCUUCCUUCCUGCCUUCCUGCCUUCCUUCUCUCCUCCCCCUUCUCUUCUUUCUUUCUCUUUCUUCCUUCCUUCCUUCCUUCUCUCUGUUAGGAGCUCAUCCUACACUCGAGUAGGACCCUGGCAGAGACACAUGCCCGACUGGCAUGUUCUCUCCCUCCCGGUCGAUCUUUCGGGAGCUUCAAAAGCUUUCUUCAGCCCGAACAUCACAGCGACCGAUGCCAACAGACAUCGGCACACUUAGGGAUCCGCAGAGUCUGCGCAGUUCACGUGACAGACCUCAGCAACUCAGCAUUUUGGCUAAUCUACUUUAUUUACAUAUAAACACACACGGAGCACUGCAACAUGGCUCCCUAUCUCUCUCUAGCAUCAGACAGCAAAGAGAGAAAACAAAGAACAAUAGUCCCACUUCACGGAACACAGUAACACAAACAUCCUGUCUCUGUCACUUCCCACUCUGUGGAGUCAAAACAUAUACCGUCAUGUGAAAGACAACAAUCCCAUGACUGCAAUCAUGGAGCAGGAAUUCUAACACUCUCCUCCCCCUUCCUUCCUUCCUUCCUUCCUUCCUUCCUUCCUUCCUUCCUUCCUUUCUUUUUCUUCCUCCCUUCCUUCUUCUCUUUCUUUCUUUCUUUCUUUCUUUCUUUCUCUCUCUCUCUCUCUCUCUUUCUCUCUUUCUCUCUCCCUCUCCUCUCCCCUCCCCUCCCUCUUCUGUUUCAUUCGUCUUUCUCAGGGGUAGUCAACCUUUUUAUACCUACUGCCUACUAAUGCAUCUUUCUUGAUGGUAAAAUUUCCUCACCACCCACCAGUGUUCGAUGGAAGGAGGAUUCAGCUUGUGCCGUAGAACCCUCUACUGCCCACCUAGAAUCCUGAAACGCCCACUAGUGGGUGGUAGCGACCAGGUUGACAACCCCUGGUUUCUGAACAUGUAUGAGAGCAGAAAGGGCUAAGUUCCCAAUGACACAGUGAAAGAGAAAUGUCUUUUCCUGCCUCCAAAACAAUAUAUAUGAAGUGAGCAAAUGAACAUCCCAGGGGAGGGUAAAUCCAGAGUCCUGGAGCCCUUGCAAAGCAGGCCUUGUUUCUUGUGAAAGAUGUGCAUACUGGUCUCAAAUCUUGUGAAAAUUCACAUGGGAAAAGACCCUGAGACCAUUGAGACAAGGGGUCAGCCGUGGGCCGGUCCACCGUCCCUCAGACCAUGUGGUGGGCCGGACUGUAUUGGGGGGGGGGAAUGAACGAAUUCCUAUGCCCCACAAAUACCCAGAGAUGCAUUUUAAAUAAAAGCACAUUCUACUCAUGUAAAAACACCAGGCAGGCCCCACAAAUAACCCACAGAUGCAUUUUAAAUAAAAGGACACAUUCUACUCAUGUAAAAACACGCUGAUUCCCGGACCGUCCGUGGGCCGGAUUGAGAAGGCGAUCCAGCCCAUGGGCCUUAGGUUGCUUAUCCCUGAUCCAGACCCAAGCUGUUUAUGCCAAGUGCAAAUGGCUCUCCAGGUAUUGUUGGACUGAACUGAAUGGAGAAGUAGGGUGGCCAGGUGUCCUGCUCUCCAGGCUCCUCUUUUUGAAGGACCGCCCCAUCCCAAGUCCGUGUUAAUGAUGAAGAACCCUACAAAUAGGGGGCUUGAAGCUGCCCAUCAAGGAUCCGCACCUGGACAGGCCCACAGGUCAGAUUCUUCCCCACAGCGUUGAGAUAUUAUUCCACUGAAAUUAUGUCCAAAUUUGCUUCUUCGUCUGUAGAUUAGCACGCACAAAUUUUUAUACAGAUUGGUGCCUGUGGCGAUCACACAGGAUUCCCGGACGUUUGGCGGUCUAUUGAUCCCUGUGCCACCACUGUGCUCGCUUCCCCGCUGCUACCAACCCGUUUCUCUCGGGUACACACUGAGUCCAGACAGUUGUAAAAAUUAAACCAAAUAAACAAGUUUACAGUGGUGCCCCGCAAGACGAAUGCCUCGCAAGACGGAAAACCCGCUAGACGAAAGGGUUUUCCGUUUUGGAGUUGCUUCGCAGGACGAAUUUCCCUAUGGGCUUGCUUCGCAAGACGAAAAUGUCUUGCGAGUCUUGAGAUAUUUUUUCGCUUCCCCCCCCCUUUUUCUAAGCCGCUAAGCCGCUAAUAGCCUUUUAGCAGCUAAGCCGAUAAGACGAUAAGCCUUUAAUAGCCGCUAAACCGCUAAUAGCGCUAAUCCGCUAAGCCGCUAAUAGGGUUGCUUCGCAAGACGAAAAAACCGCAGAACGGAUUAAUUUCGUCUUGCGAGGCACCACUGUAUUUUAUAAGCAUUAACAAGUUUAUUAACAAGGUUAAUAAAUAAAUAAUAUAUACACACACUCUAUAUAUAAAUAAUUAUAAAUAAUAAAUAAUAAUAAAUAAAUAAAUAAACAAGGUUAAUAAAAAAAAAAAGUUUAUUAACAAGGUUUCUCAGAUAAUUUUCUUGUCAGUUUCUUAACCUUAGUUUCUUUACCGGCCUAUACCUUCCUAAUACCUUCUGACUGAUUAUCUCAGCUGUUUGACUGACUCCUCUUAACAGAUUCUUUCCCUCUCUCACAUCAGACUAGCCCUACCCACUGACUUAUCCCCCCCUCUCUCUUCUCCAACUCCAGACUUCAGACUGACUUCUUAAUAACUCUAACUCUAACUCCUCCCCUUGGUUUCCUAUAGGUUAGUCAUUUUACAAUUAGUUAACCCUUUCCUUAUGAACCCAGUAUGAUGUCACACACCUAGGAGGGCAAACGCCACAGUGCCCUCUUUUGAUUAUGCAUUUGGCUCCCGUCAGACUCGGCCAUCCUAGUGGGUGGGCAGAGUUGAUGGGAAGGGUGGCGCUGUGGGUUAAACCACAGAGCCUAGGACUUGCCAAUCAGAAGGUUGGCAGUUCGAAUCUCCGCGACGGGGUGAGCUCCCGUUGUUCGGUCAAAGCUCCUGCCAACCUAGCAGUUUGAAAGCGCGUCAAAGUGCAAGUAGAUAAAUAGGUACUGCUCUGGUGGGAAGGUAAACACCGUUUCUGUGUGUUGCUCUGGUUCGCCAGAAGCGGCUUAGUCAUGCUGGCCACAUGACGCCGGCUCCCUCGGCCAGUAAAGUGAGAUGAGCGCCGCAACUCCAGAGUCGGUCAUGACUGGACCUAAUGGUCAGGGGUCCCUUUACCUUUACCUUCUAAGAGUCCAGCAACAAUCUGGACGACCACAGGGGUCCGCAUCUCUGAUUUAAGGCAAGCAGGUGUACUAGAGCAGAAACAAAAUGUCAGGCUAUUUUGAGGGUUCUGUAUCUGUUUCCGUUACAGUCCCAGCAGUGUGGACUGUAAAUAAGGAUCACAUGAUCCAAGCAACGGGAGAAUGAAAUCCUAACAGAAGGGGAUGCUUUUCCCCUAAAAAAGGCUUGUUGAUUCAUUUCGGGCAACAGGGUUGUUUGCUCAAUUCAGCCCUUCUCCAUCCAUACGGCCACCAUAGGUGACUUUUGCACAUCUUUUAUCAACGUGUCUGGGAAGUCGCACGUUUAAGUAGGUGCUGUGUGCAUUGCGAUUGCCCUGCCCUCAGCUGGAGCUGUGGCUGUGAAGCACAGGUACAUAGCUGUCAACUUUUCCCUUUUCUUGCGAGGAAUCCUAUUUGGAAUAAGGGAAUUUCCCUUUAAAAAAGGGAACCGUUGACAGCUAUGCACAGGUGAGAGGUUUGAAACACUGCCAGCCAGCUAUUAAAAAUCUGUUUCUGAGUGCCACAUGCAUGUCUGUUUGGAGCACGGCCCCAAAAUCCUAUUAUUAUUAUUAUUAUUAUUAUUAUUAUUAUUAUUAUUAAUUUAUACCCCACCCAUCUGACUGAGUUUCCCCAGCCACUCUGGGCGGCUCCCAAUCAAAUGUUAAAAACCGUACAGCACUAAACAUUAAAAAGGUCCCUAAACAGGGCUGCCUUCAGAUGUCUUUUAAAGAUAGGAUAGCUGCUUAUUUCCUUCACAUCUGAAGGGAGGGCAUUCCACAGGGUGGGCGCCACUACCGAGAAGGCCCUCUGUCUGGUUCCCUGUAACCUCACUUCUUGCAAUGAGGGAACCGCCAGAAGGCCCUCAGCGCUGGACCUCAGCAUCCAGGCAGAACGAUGGGGGUGGACACGCUCCUUCAGGUCUACUGGGCCAAGGCCCUUUAGGGCUUUAAAGGUCAGCACCAACACUUUGAAUUGUGCUCAGAAACGUACUGGGAGCCAAUGCAGAUCUCUCAGGACCGGUGUUAUGUGGUCCCGGCGGCCACUCCCAGUCACCAGUCUAGCUGCCGCAAUAGCACUGAAAAUGGUGGAAUAUGUUUUUUUAAGAAUCUUGGAGGUUGGUGGGUUUUCUUUACUCCAGUCUCAUUUUAGCCAUGACAUAGUUCCUUUUUUUUCUUUCCUCCUUCUCGGCUCAGAAGCGCGGAGUCUCCUCGGAGGAGGAAGAAGGCGAGGUAGACAGCGAAGUCGAGCUCCCUCUCCGACAAAGGUGAGUGUUUGCCUGGGUUAGCCCAGUACGACUGGUGGAAGAUGGGGGUGGUUAGCCCCGAGUCCCCCCCCCACACACAAUAGAAUCAAUCUCUGUGCAACAGUAGAUCAGACAUUACUAUGAAGCUGGAGGAGUCAGAACAGGUGAAAGAAAUGUCUUCACACAACUGGCUUUGGACUCAUCUGGCAGGCUCCUGUUGUUUGUUUAUUUUGUGUCAUUAGAGCACCUCAGGGGUGGGGUAACCUCUGGCCCAGGAGCCAGUCUUAAAAUCAUAAAGUUGUGGAGUUGGAAGGGACCCUAAGGGUCAUCUGGUCCAACCCCCUGCAACGCAACAACCGAGGAAACAAGCCAGCCAAGGCAUUGAGUUUGACCCACAAGGCCAUUCUUCCCCAACCCUCAGCUGAAAUCAUCUGUCAGUUGUGCACCGGUUGUGAGGGCCUGUUCCCUGCUGGAGAGAAUUGUUCUUGAUAGGUGAAGUGGCCGUUCAGCAUCUGCUGAAAAAUGCUUUGAUGGAUGGCCUGCACCUUCCUUCCUCUUUUUAAAAAAACAAAUUAAUAAUAAUAAUAAUAAAUAAUAAAUUUUAUUUAUAUCCCGCCCUCCCCAGCCGAAGCCGGGCUCAGGGCGGCUAACAACAAUAAAACAGUACAAAAGUACAGCACAAACAACACUCUAAAAUCAUUCAUUAUAAAAUUAAUUAAUUCAAGCCACUGGCAACCAUUGGGCCAGAGCUCCGCGACGAUUGCCGAGGGAGGGAGUCAGGCUGUGCCCUGACCAAAGGCCUGGUGGAACAGCUCUGCGGAAAGAUGUCAAGUCCCGCAGGGCCCUGGUCUCUUGUGACAGAGUGUUCCACCAGAUCGGAGCCACAGCCAAAAAGCCUUGGCUCUAGUUGAGGCCAGCCUAACUUCUCUGUGGCCUGGGACCUUCAAGAUGUUUUUAUUUGAAGACCGUAAGUUUCUCUGUGGGGCAUACCAGGAGAGGCGGUCCCGUAGGUACGAGGGUCCUAGGCCGUAUAGGGCUUUAAAGGUUAAAACCAGCACCUUAAACCUGAUCCUGUACUCCACCGGGAGCCAGUGCAGCUGGUAUAGCACCGGGUGAAUGUGAUCUCGCAGCGAAGACCCCGUAAGGAGUCUCGCUGCAGCAUUCUGCACCCGCUGGAGUUUCUGGGUCAGUCUCAAGGGCAGCCCCACGUAGAGCGAGUUACAAUAAUCCAGUCUGGAGGUGACCGUCGCGUGGAUCACAGUGGCUAGGUCAGGGUGAGAGAGGUAAGGAGCCAACUGCUUAGCUUGGCGGAGAUGGAAAAUGCCGCCUUUGUUGUAGCUGCAAUCUGCGCCUCCAUGGAAAGGGAGGUGUCGAAGAUUACACCCAAACUCUUAACGGACGGUGCUGGCACUAAUUGCGCCCCCGCAAGAGAUGGGAGUUGCCCCCCCAAUCCCAUAUCGUCCCGUCCCAGCCAGAGGACCUCUGUCUUCGAAGGAUUUAGCUUCAGCCGGCUCCCACGUAACCAUCCAGCCACAAAAAUACAAAUUUAAAAGCUGACUUUCCACCUCCGUAUGUUCUUUCUUUUUUCCUCCCUCUGGCACUCUGGUCAGUGACUGAAAUACAGUGGUACCUCGGUUUUCAAACGUCUCAGACGUCGAAAUUUCAACUUUCGAAUGCCGAAAACCCAGAACUGUGUCGGUUUUCGAAAGCUUUUCGAAAGCCAAACAUGCCACACAGCUUCUGUAUUGAGUUUUCCGGAUGUAAAUGCUUUCGGAAAUUAAUACUUCAGUUUUCAAACGUUUCAGAAGUCGAAUGGUCUUCCAGAACAGGUUACAUUCAAAAACUGAGGUACCACUAUAAAUCGAUUCAUUUCCUCCCCUCGUUGCUGUCCCAAGUACAAUAUCUUUUCCAAUUUUCAUUUCAAAAUCCACUCAUCCCAUCUCCCUUCACAUUGCACGAACAAGUACAGUGGUACCUCGUGUUACGUACCGUCCCCCUUACGAACGCUGCGGGUUACGCGCUCCGCUAACCCAGAAGUAGAUGCCCCUUGUUGCGAACUUUGCCCCAGGUUGCGAGCAGAAGUUGCGCUCUGGCAGUGUGGCAGCAGCGGGAGGCGCCAUUAGCGAAAGCGCACCUCACGUUACGAGCGGUUUCCUGUUACGAACAGACCUCCGGAACGGAUUAAGUACGUAACAUGAGGUGCCACUGUACCAAUUUCUAUUCUGACUUUUAUACACGAUUAUAACCUUUCCUCAAAAAAGUUGAAUACUGUAGGGGAAAUCCUCUUUUACCUAUGUAUAAUACUCAUUAGUCCGUUUUAAAAUCGGAUGACCUGCAUCUUCCAAGGCAGUCUGUUCAACGGGCAAACCGCUUAGACAACCAGGAAACCAUUCCUUAAUGCAGACACACAUUCCCUGGGUGUAGCCAUCCCAUAGCUCAGGGAUGUAGCCAACAUGGUACCCUCCACAUUUUGUGGGACCCCAGCUCCCAUCUCUAACCAUGGGCCACGGUCAGUGCCGGAUUUACGUAUAAGCUAAACAAGCUAUAACUUAGGGCCCCACUCUCUUGGGGGCCCCAAAAAUUUUUAAAGGAAAAAAAACCUGGAUGUCCAUUUCCAAAAUAUAAGAUUUAAAAAAAACCCAAAACCUACAUACAGCAAUGUUGUUUUGUGUUGUGUAGGCUCCUAUUUGUUAUGUGCAAAUGGCUUGAGAUACCUUUUGGGUCCAUAAAUUAUCAGACAGUGGGCGCUCGGGUUGCGAACCUUGAUCCGUGCAGGAAACACGUUCGCAACCCGCAGCGUCCACAACCUGCAGCGCUGCACAUGCGCGGGUCGCGAUUCUGCACUUCUGCGCAUGCACAAAGCGCAAUUUAGCGCUUUGUGCAAGCACCGAAACCCAGAAGCAACCCAUUCCGGUACUUCCAGGUUCGGCGCGGUGCACAGCCCGAAAUCGCGCAACUUGAAGCGUCUGUAACCCGAGGUAUGACUGUAUGGCAUAUAUUCAACACACAAAAAAGCGACAAUUUGUAGUUGACAAAGGACGGCUGGACAUAUAAAGGGCCACAUUACCUUCAGUAGCUCAGGGCCUCAUCAAACCUAACUCUGGCCCUGGCCACAGUGGCUGAGUUGGAGGCCAGUGAGGUUGACUAGCCUGGCACCCCCGUGUUGCCAGAGGGCUUCAUAUUUUCUCUCUCUCUCUCCUGACCCAGGUGGCCUCAAGCGAUGAGCAAGCGGCAGUCGCUCUCCACUUUCAGCUCCGAGAACUUCUCCGAUGGGGACGGCGAGGAGGGCACUGCCAGCGAGGGCACCACAGCAUCCCACAGCGGCGGCACGCCAGAUGUGGCCAGCACCAACACAGACGAACGCCUGGAUGCCGAGCGCUCGGAUGACGACAUCCUGGGGCACUCGGACGGGCUGUCCGAAAAGGAGGCGGCCAUCCAGCUUGUCAAACGCCAGCUCAGUGCUGAGCAGAACCCUGGAGAGGUGGGUGCAGUGCGAGAAUGGGAGGGUGCUGGCAUCCAUUUCAGCUGCUGGGACUUUGUUUUUCCUGUGGGUUUCCCCCUGGUGGUGAACCUGGGCGAUGCAGGAGCUUUGAGAAGGCUGCGAGGUCACUUUUACUGGUGCAGGAAAGCCCAAAAUGUAGGUUACCUGCAGCCCUGAAGGCCAUUGCCUGUUCCAGCACCUACUGGUUUUGGUGGCUUCUGGUCUGUUGUUAAUGUGCAUAAGACUGCACCGUCAGCAAACGUGGAAGCGGGCAGAAUUCAGCCUUGUGAGUGGAUUGGCUCACUAUUUUAUUUUUACAUCAUUAAAUUUCAAGCUGCAUAGGAGGGCCUCCUUUUUGGAAAAAGUUCCCAAGCCAGAAAGAGAACCGAGUGAGAUUGCCAGCGUUCAACCCCUCUCCCUGACAAACCCUUUGCCCUUCCCUGCGCCUAGCAGAAGGAACCUAAAUGUGGCUCACAUGCAAGAUUAGCUUUUUCAUUUUUCUGGGUGUGGAAUAUUUGCUUUAAAGUAUCCUGCUUCCCUCUCAAAGUUAAAGGUAAAGGUAAAGGGACCCCUGACCAUUAGGUCCAGUUGUGGCUGACUCUGGGGUUGCAGCGCUCAUCUCGCUUUAUUGGCCGAGGGAGCCGGCGUACAGCUUCCGGGUCAUGUGGUCAGCAUGACUUAAGCCGCUUCUGGCGAACCAGAGCAGCGCACAGAAACGCCAUUUACCUUCCCACCAGAGUGAUACCUAUUUAUCUACUUGCACUUUGACGUGCUUUUGAACUGCUAGGUUGGCAGGAGCAGGGACCGAGCAACGGAAGCUCACUCCGUCAUGGGGAAUCGAACCGCUGACCUUCUGAUCGGCAAGCCCUAGGCUCUGUGGUUUAACCCACAGCGCCACCCGCAUCGAGGUUGCUGGGCUGCAAAUCACAUCAGCCCUGGGACAGUGGGAGCCGUGGUCCAGUCGCAUCUGGAAGGUCCCAGGUCCCCCAUCCCAGCUUUAAUGAUGAGUAUGCACUGGUAUGAUGGAAGUGGGCAGGAAAAGGUUUCCUCCCUCUCUCACAGCAAUGUUUAAACAUCCGGUGAAGCUGAAUGUCGGGAGAUUCAGGACAGACAAAAACUUCUUCAUGCAGGGCAUAGUUAAGCUGUGGAACUCAUGUCCACAAGGGGCAACGAUGGCUAUUUUGAAAGAGGAUUAAAUGCAUUCAAGGAGGAUAAGUCUAUCAGUGGCUACUAGUCAUGACCGCUAUGCUCUGUCUCUACCGUCAAGAGGCGGUAUGCUUCUAAAUAUCAGAUUGAGGGGAGUGUUGUUGCAAUGAUGUCCUGCUUGCGUUCUUUCCUCAAACAUCUGGUUGGCCACUGUAAGAACAGGAUGCUGGACUAGGUGAGGGACUGGCCUGAUCCAGCAGAGCAUUGGUUAAAGCUUCUUCCUUGCAGCCCGAUUCAGGGCCACAGGUGGCCUCAUGCCGGGUGUUCAUCAGUAUGCAGAUGAUACCCAGCUCUACCUCUCUUUUAAAUCAGAACCAGUGAAGGCAUUGAAGGUCCUGUGUGAGUGUCUGGAGGUGGUUGGAGGGUGGAUGGCGGCAAACAGUUUGAGGUUGAAUCCUGAUAAGGCAGAAGUACUGUUUUGGGGGAACAGGGGGCGGGCGGGUGUGGAGGACUCUCUGGUCCUGAAUGGGGUAACCGUGCCCCUGAAGGACCAGGUGCGCAGACUGGGAGUCAUUUUGGGUUCACAGCUGUCCAUGGAGGCGCAGGUCAAUUCCGUGUCCAGGGCAGCUGUCUACCAGCUCCACCUGGUAUGCAAGCUGAGACCCUACCUGCCUGCGGACUGUCUCGCCAGAGUGGUGCAUGCUCUAGUUAUCUCCCACUUGGACUGCACUGCGCUCUACAUGGGGCUACCUUUGAAGGUGACUUGGAAACUACAAUUAAUCCAGAAUGUGGCAGCUGGACUGGUGAGUGGGAGUGGUCACCAUAUAACACCGGUCUUGAAAGACCUACAUUGGCUCCCAGUACAUUUCUGAGCACAAUUCAAAGUGUUGGUGCUGACCUUUAAAGCCCUAAACGGCCUUGGUCCAGUAUACCUGAAGGAGCAUCUCCACCCCCAUCGUUCAGCCCGGACACUGAGGUCCAGCACCGAGGGCCUUCUGGCGGUUCCCUCACUGCAAGAAGCGAAGUUACAGGGAACCACAGGGCCUUCUUGGUAGUGGCACCCGCCCUGUGGAACGCCCUCCCUUCAGAUGCCAAGGAAAUAAACAACUACAAUGGUACCUCUGGUUACGAACUUAAUUCGUUCCGGAGGCCGUUCUUAAGCUGAAACCAUUCUUAUCCUGAGGCGUGCUUUUGCUAAUGGGGCCUCCUGCUGCGAACGAUUUCCGUUCGCAUCCUGGGCAAAGUUCGCAACCAAGAGAAGGUACCUCCGGGCUAGCAGAGCUCGUAACUUGAAGCGUUCGUAACCAGAAGCAUUUGUAUCCAGAGGUACCACUGUAUCUGCCUUUUAGAAGACCUCUGAAGGCAGCCCUGUAUAGGGAAGUUUUUUAUGUUUGAUGUUUUAUUGUGUUUUUAGUAUUUUGUUGGGAGCCACCCAGAGGGGCUGGGGAAACCCAGCCUGGUGGGCUGGGUAUAAAUAAUAAAUUAUUAUUAUUAUUAUAUUAUUGGGUAUUAUUUCUCCACAUGCCCCGAUUUCCUCACACUCUCCCUCUCAUUCCAGGACGCUGCUGCCUACGAGGAUUCGGACUGCGACAGUGCCGAACUGGACCAUUCAGGCAGCGGGGAGAUGCAGAGACUUCAGGACAUGCCCAGUUUGUGAUUGCACCCGUUUGGCUUUUCCUUCCCCAGGUUGUACAGACCCCUGGCCCUUCCCUUCACCACGACCACCUCCCCAGAUAUUUAUAUAAAUAAUCUAUAAAAGCUCUAUAUAAAUCUAUAUAUCUCAUAAUCUCUGGAAGGAGAGCCAGUGCGCCUCAUCCCUGCGUCCCGUCCCUGCCUUCUUCUGGACUGGUUGUGGGGUCGAGGGCCCCUUCCCUGCCACCAGGGCUUGCAGUUUUCACUUGGGGCAGCUGGAGACGUGGAACAAACGGACACGCAAACCCUGCAGCCGUCAGCCCCGCAACUAAGCAGGAGAGGCCUUCGAUACACGCAGAGAGCAGAGUCGAUCCCUUCUGUUCUGCUGCCUCAUGAGUCUUGGACAUUGUGGGCCCCGGCUGAGGACCAACGAGCUCUAACCAGGCCCAGGGAGUCAGCGAUGGGCCCGUGGGGCAGAGAGAGAAGACCCGGGCUGGGGAAUGGUGCGUUCUUCUACCAAAGGAAGCGGCAAGGAGCUCUCGGCGCACUGGCAAGGCUCAAACAUCUUAGCUGGACCAGGCACAUUGCAGGUGCCAGACUGUUUCUGAUCUGGACUCAAUGCAUGUUUGGGCCGCAGUCAGCACGGAAACCUCCCCCUACCCAGAGCUUUGGAAUAAGUUGUUUUCCUUCCCCUUGCCCCCAAUAUAGCCCUCCCCAAAAGUAACAACCAAAGCCUGAGCGCAACAAGCCCUCUUCUCUUCCA